AUGAAGGGGUUUUACAGGUGCUGCAUCUACAAAUGGAAGAAACAAAGAGUGAGGGACCAAUGGACGCUACUUUGCUCCACUUGUCCACGCUUGAUGAAGAAAGCGAAAGAGGUGCCCAAUGUGAUGAGAGACAUCCUGAAAAUGGACAAGAAGUUCACAUUCCGCAAGGGCAAGGGCAGUGAAGAGACUGGGACUUGCAUAUUGCCAGCAGUCUUUGAACGGGUGGUGGCCGAUUGUGUUGCAGAGCGCAUAUCCUUUGGAGAGGAGGUGACAUACCACUUUGUCAAGUCGGUCUUGGCGGUUGCAAUUGAGCAGUGGAACACAGUCAUCCAUGAGCUCCAUGAACGUGACCCGUCAAGUUUGCUGAGCCAAAUGGACAAGUCAUUCUCAUCUUCUCAAGACAUCGAUGAGUACUUGCAGGA